CCAGGUCCAAACCUUCGAGGUCAACCCAUCUCGUUGGUCAAAAGUUUCUAGAGUUUUGACUUCUCUCUCUCUCACCACUCUAUAUAUAUUCUCUCCAAUUUAUUACCCUAACGUAGGAAAACGAGGUUUCAAAAUUUUAGAAACUACAAACAAAACAAGAACGACGAUGUUCUCGAAGGAAGCAAGACAGCUUCUCUUGAUCUGCGUUUUCUGCUUAUGUUUCACGCCGUUUCUUGCUAAUGGGAGGGUCAAUCCCAAGUUCAAACUGAGAGCAGUCAACCUCGGAGGUUGGUUAGUCACGGAAGGAUGGAUCAAGCCUCGUCUGUUUGAUGGAAUCCCCAACAAGGACUUCUUGGAUGGAACUGGGCUUCAGUUCAAAUCGGUGACCGUAGGGAAGUACCUGUGCGCCGAGAGCGGGGGAGGGACCAUCGUAGUCGCUAACCGGACCGCCGCAUCCGGAUGGGAGACCUUCAAGCUAUGGAGGAUCAACGGGACACUGAUUUUCAACUUCAGGGUCUUCAACAAGCAGUUCGUCGGGCUGGACGCGGAUGGGGUCGACGUGGUGGCCGUUUCCAAGGCCCCCGUCUCGACGUUCGAGAUCAUCAGGAAUUCGGAGGACCUGAGCAGAGUGAAAAUCCGAGCUCCCAAUGGCCUCUUCUUGCAAGUGAAGACGGAGGUAUCGGUGACGGCCAAUUACGAGGGGGAGGGUGGAUGGGGCGACGACGACCCUUCCGUUUUCGUGAUGAGUUUCGCCGGUAGAAUGCAGGGCGAGUUUCAGAUCACCAAUGGCUAUGGACCAGAGAAAGCCCCACAAGUCAUGAGGGAGCAUUGGAGCACAUUCAUAGCGGAAGACGACUUCAAGUUCAUAUCCACAAACGGGUUGAACGCGGUGAGGAUUCCGGUGGGUUGGUGGAUAGCGAGCGACCCAACCCCACCGCCGCCUUACGUGGGCGGCUCCUUGGCCGCACUCGACAAUGCCUUUUCUUGGGCUCAGAAAUACGGUGUGAAGAUCGUAAUUGAUCUGCACGCAGCACCAGGCUCGCAGAAUGGUUACGAACACAGCUCAUCUAGGGACGGAUCUCAGGAGUGGGGAGCCACUGAUGCUAACAUCCAGCAGACGGUCAAAGUCAUCGAAUUCCUCGCUGCUCGGUAUGCGAAGAGCCCGAGCCUCUACGCUGUCGAGCUCAUCAACGAGCCUCUCUCCCCGGGAGUAGCCCUCCAUGCCUUGACCAAGUACUACAAGGCCGGAUACGACGCGGUGCGCAGGCACUCCCCGACCGCCUACGUAGUGAUGUCGAACCGCCUCGGGCCCUCGGAUCCCAAAGAGCUCUUCCCGCUGGCCAGCGGAUUGGCGGGGACCGUGGUGGACGUGCACUACUACAAUCUGUUCUCGGACAUCUUUGACGACAUGACGGUCCAACAGAACAUCGAUUUCAUCUACACUAACAGGACGGCGCAGCUGCAUAACGUCACCACGGCGAACGGUCCUCUCACCUUUGUGGGUGAAUGGGUGGCUGAGUGGCAAGUGAGCGGAGCAACGAAAGAAGACUACCAGAGAUUCGCCAAGGCCCAGCUCGAGGUGUAUGGCAGAGCGACGUUCGGUUGGGCGUAUUGGACACUCAAGAAUGUCAACACCAAGUGGAGUCUUCAGUGGAUGAUCAACAAUGGUUACAUAAAGCUUUGAUCUUUCGAACUUUUGUCGGUAUGUUCCUGCACAUUUACACCCAUGUGGUUGAUUUUCGUGAUGAUCAAUUGUUUGACCUUGGUCUGCGCGCAUCAUAGAGGAAUAAAUUAGCUUUUACUGUUCCUGA